CCUCAGCUCAUCUCCACCAAGCGCCACGGCUCCACAGUCCACUUCACUCCACAGCAGCAGCAGCAGAGGAAGGAAGGAAGAGAGGAAGCCGGAGCAGCAGCUGCCAUGGAGGCGCGGGCUCUCCUUGCGAGCUUCGUGCUCGCCGCGUUGGUCGCGCAGGCCUUCGUCGGCGGGGUCGAGUCCAGGACCAGCCCCAUGGAGAAGGCGACCCAUGGUGACGACGUGAAGAAGCCGGACUGCGUGCCGGGAGUGGACCCGCGCACGUUCCCCGGGAUCGGCGGACACGGCGGCGGCAUCACGCCAGUCCCGUCGCACGGCGGUGGCAUCACGCCCGUGCCGUCGCACGGCGGCUCCAGCGGCGGCGGUUCGCCGUCCCACGGGGGCUCCAGCGAGCCGGCGCUGCCUUCCCCGUCCCACGGCGGCUCCGGGUCGUCGUCGUCGCCGUCCACCGGCGGAGGGUACGGUGGUGGUUCCCCAUCCCAUGGCGGCGGCUCCGGGUCGUCGCCGCCCACUGGUGGCGGCGGAGCGUACGGCAGUUCCCCGUCGACCCCCGGCGGCGGCGCCUACGGGAGCGGCGGGUCCCCGUCGCCGUCCCAGGGAGGAGGCGGCGCCUACGGGGGCAGCUCUCCCACCCCGGCGUACGGCGACUCCCCGUCGCACGGCGGCGUCGGGACCUCGUCGCCGACGCCGUUCGUCCCCGUCGACCCCCACAGCCUCGGCUCCCUCCCCGGCUCAUGCGACUACUGGAGGUCCCACCCCAUGGAGAUCUGGUCGGCGAUCGGCGCGCGGUUCCCGAGCUCGACGAUGGGGCACCUGUUCGGCUCGGCGGGCGGCGUGGGCGGCGCCGCCGACGUGAGCAUCCAGGACGCGCUGGCCAACACCCGGUCCGACGGCGCGGGCGCGCUGCUGCGGGAGGGCGCGGCGGCGCUGCUCAACUCCAUGACCCGCGCGGGGUUCCCCUACACCACGGAGCAGGUCCGCGACGCGUUCGCUGCCGCGGCGGCCGGCGGGUCCGACGGCGCCGCGGCGGCGCAGGCGGCGGCGUUCAAGAAGGCCAACGAGGGCAAGGCGUAGAGGGAGGAGAUGGUACGGUGAUCGAUUGUGUACGUUGAGCCCUGGUCAGAGUUGUAGCUCGUGGAGUGUUUGUUGGUCCGACGGUGGUGACGUCGGUUCAUUUGUGUCCGGGGUGAGCACCGGCCUGUUGUGGUGUGCAAUCGCUCGUGUUAUUUUGCUGUUUUUUCGUGUGGAUCUGUCGUCAAUGGAUGAACGAAGCAAUGCAAACUAGUACUAGUGUCUGAAUUCUGAUCUUGCUGAAUUCCUGAAUCCUGAUGAUGCAGGCAACAAGCCGGUUUUUGGAGUAA